AUGGAGAUGUUAAAGGACAUAUCUGAAAAGGUUGUCGUUGUCCUUUCAGAAGUUCUAGGAAGCUCUCCAGCAGCCAGAUGGCUAUUCCCACGCCAACUACACUUUGAAGACUAUAAUGACGAUGAGCUUCGAAGAAUAUUUGUUCAAAUGGUCGGGCAAAACUCGUUCAAGAUAGAGCAAGGAUCCCUGGGGCCAUUUCCGCGCAUAGUGGCUCAACGCGUCGGUCGUAGCCGCGAGGAACAUGGAUUCGGAAACGUACACGAGCUUCGUCUGGCAUAUGGAAAGAUACUGGAGCGACACUCGACCCGCAUUCGACAAAGGGUGUCGGAAAUCGAGGACUCGUGGACUGAGACGUUGCCGGAUGAACACUUGUUAACGGGACAAGACAUCAUCGGCCCUGAGCCUGAGGACGUCCGAACAAAGAGCAAGGCAUGGCAAGAACUUCAGAAGAUGGCCGGGCUGGAAGAGAUCAAGACAGCCGUCAAUCAGCUCCUCAGCCGGUCAAAGAUCAACUAUCAAAGGGAGAUUAACGGCAUGAAGCUGCUAAAGACGUCUCUUAACCGGAUUUUCAUUGGACCUCCUGGCACAGGAAAGACUACCGUGGCCAAGCUCUAUGGCCAAAUUCUGGCUGACAUUGGUCUGGUCUCCAGCCGAAAAGUCAUCUACAAGACCCCGGGCGACUUCAUCGGCCAGUAUAUCGGCGAAUCAGAAACCAAGACCAGCGCAAUUCUUGAUUCGACCAAAGGCAAGAUCUUGAUCAUAGACGAUGCGCACAUGUUUUACCAUGGCAGUGAACUUGGAUCCAACGAAACAGACGAGUUUCGACUGGGUUGCAUUGACAUUCUCGUCUCCAAGAUCCACAACAAGCCUGGUGAAGACCGUUGUGUGCUCCUCGUCGGAUACCCAGAUAGGAUGGAAGAGAUGCUCCAAAAGUGUAACCCAGGGUUACGACGGCGAUUCCCGCUUGAAGAAGCCUUCCGAUUCCAUGACUAUGAUGACAACCGGCUCCAAGAGAUUCUCGACAUCAAGAUGGAGGAGGACGGAAUUAGAGCCUCGCCAGAAGCAAUGAAGGUCGCAGCAGAAUUACUGUGCCGGGCAAGAGAUAGGCCAAACUUUGGCAACGGCGGUGAUGUCGUCAAUUUCUUGAACCAGGCCAAAGUCAGGCACAGGGAGAGGAUGUCGAAGAUCACGGAUGUUGAUGCGAUGGAUAUUGUGCUUGAGCCCGAAGACUUUGAUCCUGAAUACAACAGAGGCGCUACCGCUGCUGAUAGAUGCCGAGCGCUCUUCAAUGGACUAAUUGGAUUUGAAGACACUAUCCAGCGAUUCCAGACUUACCAGCGUAUAGCUGAGAACCUGAGACGCAACGAUAAGGAUCCUCGGGGCAUCAUUCCGUUCACAUACAUCUUCAAGGGUCCUCCGGGCACUGGAAAAACGCACACUGCUCGCAUCAUUGGCCAAAUCUUUUAUGACAUGGGAUUCCUCUCUACCAAUGAGGUGAUUGAGUGCUCUGCGACGCAUCUCAUUGGAAAGUAUGUCGGCCAUACCGGGCCCAAGGUGGUUGAGCUGUUUGAGCGGUCGUUGGGAAAAGUCCUGUUCAUCGACGAGGCAUACCGCCUAGGAUUUGGCGGCGAGGGUAAUUUUACGAAUGAAGCAGUUGGAGAAAUUGUCGAUUGCAUGACCAAGCCACGCUAUUACCGAAAAAUGGUUAUUGUCAUGGCCGGAUAUACUCACGAUAUGGACCGUCUCAUGAAAGUUAAUGCCGGACUCCGGGGACGGUUUGCCACGGAGAUAAUGUUCACUCCCAUGGGCUCCGAGUCUGCUUUGAAGCAUCUUUGCAACCUGAUAGCCAAGCAGGAUAUCCAGCUUUUGGAAGCUGAGGACGGCUCGAAUGUCCAAGAAACUGGAAUCAUGAUGAGCCUGUUCGAGAUGCUGGCAAAGACAAAAGGCUGGUCAAACGGACGAGAUAUGCAGACACUUGCUGGUGUAGUAACGGAAUACGUGUAUGGAAAUAUAGAUGGUUUUGAUCAGUGGCAAGGCAGAGGGUUAUGCAUCACUAGGAAGGAUUUGAUCAGAUUGAUGAGGGAUAUGCUUCAGCAACGAAUGAAAGGAGGAAUGAACGAAGUGGUAUUAAAGGAGGUAGACUAA